UGUUUUUUUUUCUUCUUUUUCUUUCUUCUUUCGGGUCGAAACAGAGGGAUUGCUUUAUUAACGUUUUCUUCUUCCUAAUCUUGACUACAGGGGUGAACUCAAACUGGAUGAACAGAAAGAGGUGAUGCGGUAAUCUAAGUUUUGCGCCAGCUGAGGCUGUGGAAGAAGUAGAAGCCUUUUGAACUAGUUUGAGAGCACCUCCAUAUCCAUACAGCAAAGAUGCUACCAGCAGUUGAACCGCGCGAUCAAGUGGCGAUUCUAAUCGAGGGUAAAGUGCGAGAAACGCCCUCAUUUUGGCCAGAUUGUUGUAUUUACAAAGUCCCCGAGAGAUUUCGCAAAGGAAAUGAAGAAGUCUACAAACCCUUGGUGGUCUCAAUCGGACCUUAUCACUUUCACCAAGGCAGUUUCCCACAAAUGCAAAUCUUUAAACUCAAAUACUUAGAGGCCUUCUUGGGCCGAAACCAUCUCAGCUUAGACCAUUGCCUUGGCCUUAUGAGAACGUGGGAAGAAAAAGCCAGGCGUUAUUACGCCGACCCCAUUGACCUAAGCAGUGAUGAAUUUGCCGAGCUGAUACUGGUGGAUGCAAUUUUUGUCUUGGAGCUUUUGCUCAGGUAUCAGUUUGCCCAAUAUAUAGACGAAGGCGAUCGAAUAUAUGGAAAGCUGCGUAUGAUUGAAGAUGUUAUGCGUGAUGUCAUGUUGAUUGAGAACCAAAUUUCCUUCUUUGUUCUUGAGGGUUUGUAUGACCUAGUUGAUAGCAGCUACAAAGGAAAUCUCAAGUUGGUCGAGCUUACGCGUGAGUUCUUCAAGUGUUACGUAAAAAUCGACGAGUUUGGUGCUGAUCAUGCACCUGAGCCUGGAGUUGAUUAUGGAGUACAGCAUUUUGUUGAUUUUAUACGAUACUACUACUUGCCCCCACCGCCUAGUGAGGAUGCAUAUAAUGCAAGGGUUUAUGAAAUCCCUAUCCCACCAAGUGUGACAGUGCUAGACGAUGCCGGAGUUCAGUUUGUGACAAGAAGAACAACCUUCUCACUUGACAUACAAUUCAACAACGGAAGUCUCAUAAUUCCAAAUUUUAGAGUUGACGAUUGGACAGAAACUCUCUUCAGGAACCUCAUCGCCUUUGAACAGUGCCACGAUCACCAAGUGAAGUACAUUUCGCAAUUGAUGUUCCUCAUGGGGGCCAUGAUCAAGACUUCAAAGGACGUGGACUUGCUCAUUGAACAUGGAAUUAUAUAUAAUAUGCUGGGGAGUAACGAUGAUCUGUCCGCUCUAUUUAACCGCAUUGGCCAAGGGGUUGCGGUCGAUUCGCAAACUUAUCAUUACCUUAUCCUUUCCCAAAGACUCAAUGACUACUGCAAGGCUCCUUGGCCCAGAUGGAAAUCAAUUCUGAAGCGCCACUAUUUCUACUCUCCAUGGAAAGAAGUUGCUGCAAUUAUACUCGUGCUCACACUCAUCCAAACCCUAUGCUCAAUCUUAUCCGUAUCGCUUAAUUAGGUCCACGGCCAGAACUUAAGAUUAAGGCCUUGUGUAUGCACGUAUGUUCUUGCCAAGUGUUAAAACUGAAAUAAUUUUGUUAUGCCAUGAGCUUAUGUUGUUCUAGGUUGCCAACGAGGUAGUGGAAAAGAGCCCUGACUUGCAGAUUAGUAGUCUCAAGUUCGAACCCCCAUGGCAUCUUAGUAGUGCGUGUGUGAAAAA